AGGAGCUCCAGUGUUUCACAGUCACUGUGCAGGCUUCCCAGCUGUUUGUGUCCCCUGGUGGGCGGGCAGCAGCGAUGGGCUGAAAAGUUGGGUGGAGUUAGUUGAUAGCAGCAGCGCUUUUAGGAAUGGGUCCUAAAGCUGUUUGGUGAAGGCAGCAGAGUCACCAAGAAGAGCUGGAAAACACCUGAUGAUCUCUGUGGGACAAUCCGCUCCAUAUCACGCCACUCUUGGAAGAGAAAUCUACCUCCAGGCUCCACUUCUGUCUAAGUUAUUUCUGUUUUAUCUUCUGAAGAAGAGACACAGAGCCAGCUGAUAUCUCCUUCUCUGCUCUUCUUAUCCAAAGAUCUAUUGAUAAGGAGACGUUGCACUAUCCUUGUUUUUCAUUUUGUCCUUAUUUAUUGUUUCAAUUUUUGCACUAACGAUGCACACCACGCAAAAGGACACGACCUACACGAAGAUUUUUGUCGGGGGUCUGCCCUACCACACCACAGACUCAAGUCUCAGGAAAUAUUUCGAGGUUUUCGGGGACAUUGAAGAGGCAGUGGUCAUCACCGACCGACAGACGGGCAAGUCUCGGGGUUAUGGAUUCGUGACGAUGGCAGAUCGCUCAGCGGCAGACCGGGCCUGCAAGGACCCUAACCCCAUCAUUGAUGGCAGGAAAGCUAACGUCAACCUGGCCUACCUGGGAGCCAAACCUCGAGUGAUGCAGCCAGGUUUUACAUUUGGCGUUCCCCAGAUUCACCCUGCCUUCAUACAAAGGCCUUAUGGCAUACCGGCUCACUAUAUGUACCCCCAGGCCUUUGUGCAGCCCAGUGUGGUCAUCCCUCAUGUGCAGCCUGCAGCCGCUGCACCAGCCACUGCUUCAUCCCCCUACCUGGACUACACCGGCGCCGCCUACGCACAAUAUUCUGCAGCAGCGGCCAGUGCUGCAGCAGCCGCUGCGUACGAGCAGUAUCCCUACGCCGCGUCACCUGCAGCUGCAGGAUACAUGACCACCGCCGGCUACGGCUAUGCAGUCCAGCAGCCUUUAGCCACAGCCACCCCGGGCUCUGCCGCCGCUGCAGCUGCUGCUUUCGCUCAGUACCAGCCUCAGCAGCUGCAGACCGACCGCAUGCAAUAGCAGCCGCUGCAAGUGCAGGACGUUGAGAGAGAGGAGGCCUGCGCCCAGCCACCAGUGAUGCAUCAGGAGGCAGAUCCAAGACAAAAGGAAGCAGGAGUGGCUUUAACGGUGGACGUGCCACCCAGUGACUCCGACAGGCAGUGGCGUUACGAAUACGACAGUGAUCACGACGGUGAUGGUGAUAGUGAUGAGAAUAGUGAUGAUAAUGGUGGUAAUGUUUUACCAUAACGUUCCAACUUGCUGUGCUUAAACCAAAAAAAAAUAUAUUUGAAAAUGGAAAAAAAAAUGCAGAACAAAACAUGAUAAGGUGAUUUACAUUUACUGUUGCUACUCCUUUAGUUAUUAUUAUAAUUAUUACCAUUAUUUUAUUUGUAGUAUAGUUCUUAUUUCUAGAGAGCAAAUGCAGGAACUAAUCCCUGUGGUGGAUGUAGGUGUUCAACUAAGUCCUAUUGCUGUUUUAACGUUAGUGUAAAGAAGAACUGUUCUCCUUUGGUUAUUUGACGCCCUCUUAACAUUUAUAUUUAUUAUUAUUAUUGUUGUUAUUACACUAUGAGGGCUCUCUUUGUUUGUUUUUAUUCUAUUCAAAUGCAUUUUUUUGGAAUUAAUAUUUUCUGAUAAUCAGGGAAAUGGAACUUUUUGCAACAUGUUAGCUAUUAUGAUGUGACCGCUGUCAGGAAGUGGAGGAGUCAGAGCUCGUUGUGUCACACAUUUGAAGAACUAUAUCUUUUUAUCUUCCUGAUGCUGAAUGUCCCUUUUUUUUACUGUGCAUCUCAACCUCUUGACCUAUGCAAAGCAAACAAAUCACCAGAAGACAAAAAAGGAGAAAAACACAUAGAAAAAAAAAGACAGAAAAAGUCACCAACCCUGACUUGACUCUUGGACUAAUGGUGGACUUGGCAGAGAAAACAAAGGCACUGAAAACAGCUCCAGACAAUGAGAAACACUAAAUCAGUUGUUUUUUUUCCACGUGUUUUCACUCACACCUACGCCGACACAUGCGUCCAGAGUUGCACACAUCGCAGUUGCAGACAAAGGCAGCACAGUGGUGUUUCUCUGUGCCUCAGAAACGGAGAGAUAGAGGAGGGAGGAAAGCGAGCAGCUGCUGGGGGGGUGAGCAGAGCUGGUCCUCUCAGAACAGACGGACCACUCUGGAAAGAACGCAUCACUUGUGCUCAUUUGUUGAGCUGUCACUUUUUAAUCCCCAACUGGGCCUGUUAGGGAACCAGCUCUACACCCCUCUCCACCCAAAACUGCCCCCGCUCCAUGGCUGAGUGCCCCCCCCAUCCUGCACCAACUAUUGAGCCCUAUCACUGUCAGCACUUCCACCUCUGUGCUUCUGUACCCCAGUGGUCACCACAAUGGUCCGUGUGCCUUAUGUUGUUUUUUUCUGCUAUUUAAGAGGAAGAAAAUAUGCAGAAGAGAAGAAUUUACUAUUUAAGAUAUUUAUUUUUUUGAGGGUUGAAGAUGUUGAUGCUCUGAGAGUAGACACCUAGAGGCGGUACUGUAUUAUUAAUACCUUUGUUGUACUCAUCUCAAGACUAUAUAAGUUAUUGAUUAGUAGUAGUAAUGCCAUUACUAUUAUUAUUAUUAUACUUAUUGUUAACAUACUCAACCAAAAUGUUGAUGUAGAACUUAUUUAAGAUGUGCACUGUAAUUUUAUUUUUUAUCUCCUUUGAUCCUCUAGAGUACUAGUACUUCAUGCCUGUUGUAUAGAAAUCCUUGAUCUAAACGCAGUCCUGUUUGCUUGCAGAAUGAUCUCUGCCUCCUCUGUGUUUAGAUGGAAGGAAUAAAAUAUUAAUAACUUUUACAAAAAAAAAAAAAGCAACAAUGCUGCCUUUUCCACCAGAAUGUAUAGUUUUUUUCAGUAGUCGUGCUUCUUCCUCUGCUUCAUACGGGCUAUUUUACACUGUUGGGAAUUUUAUACUUGAACUAUUUCUUACAAGGGAAAUAUGAUAAAAAAAGAUGAAAAAAAACUUUUUCAGAAAGCUUUUCAUUGUCACUGGAUGAAGGCAUGUAAAGUGUUACUAUUUAAAUGCAAAAGGUCCUGUUGAAAAUAAAACUACAGAAGUUCAAUACCAUUUAGUCAAAACUGCAAUAAAUGUUCAAUGUUUAA